CCAACCCCCUCUUCACUUCAGACCGUUGUAAUAUGUGAGAGACGCAGCUAGUUUCUCUGCGUUUCUCGUUGGUGUAAUAAUCUGGGAGAGCUGACGGAGGCUUAGAGAGUUAGAGAUUGGUUUUUCUCGUCUCCAUUCGCCAAUGGAGUUUAGCUUGGAUUCCUUUUCUCCGUGUCUGUCACGUAGCCAAGCGAUCCAUCUAGUGGCCUCCUGUCCGGAUCCUCCUCCCGCAUCUAAGUGAGAGCUUUUUAGAAGCAGAACAGAGUUAAUCUUCUAAUUUUAUUCAUUACUCUUUUGUUAAUCAUUGAGCUCUCUAUGUUUCCCUAAUUUUGAAAUAUCAUCUCCUAUUGCAGUUUUUUCGUUGGGCGUUUGGAUUCACGCGGACUGAUUUUCACACUUCUCAUCCUUGUGGCCCCAAUAUGCACUCCGAUCGGCGGGGAUACUGAGGUGUGAGGAUGCCGUCUGCGUUUCCUAGGCGAUGAAUCACAGCCCCAUGACCAUGCAGGGAGGCUGAUAUGGUUCCCAAGGUCGGACGACUCCUCAGAACACAGGUUGUUGUCAUGCUAAGUCAUACAAUACGGUCUUGGUCACCGCAUAGGCAAAUUUGGGGAUCCCCUUCUCAGGUUCAGUGUAAUCGUAGCUUGGGACAAUAUGAUGGGACCAGAAACUUUCGGAAUUUCCACUGGGCAGACUCAAGUAGGCGGUAUCAGUGGGCGGAGAUGAAUUUUGACCAGAAAAACAGUAAACCAGCUCCCUCUCACAGAAAAAUAGAUUUGGUUUCACCUCUCACACAGGGUGAACAACAUCUAUGCUUGAAAGGUACUAAUGCGGUUUUCAAUUACUCCUCAUAUGCAUAAAAGUACAUGGAGAUGAUAAUAAGGCUAAAAAGAUCAACAAGGAAAUGAAGAUACGGAGAUAAAUCUGAUGAAUUGUGUUAAAACGCAUAAAAGGAAGAACGAAUGUCAAGCAUCAAUGCCAAAUAAUCUAAUACAUAGUUGAUUAAUGUAAUAAAUUAAGUUACAAAUUGUAUUAUAUGAUGAUUGUGACAUUUUUAUAUGUUGCUUUUUUGUUUCUUUUUGUUGUAUUGUAGGCAUUUUUUGUUGCAUCAUGUUACUUUUUGUUUCUUUUUAUUGUAUUGUAUGCAUCUUUUUUGUUGCAUCAUGUUGCUUUUUGUUGUAACUUGUUUCAUAUUGUUGCAUCGUGUUGCAUAAUAUUGUUU